CCCAGCUUGCAUUUCGGAACGGCCCAAACGAAAAUCCUUCUUCCAUCAAAGCCAUUCUUCCUUCCAUCGUUAAAAUCUGGGUCCUCCACUCCAACUCAACCCUGAUCUCCUAUAUAAAGCUGCCGGGGUCCGUAUACACACACGCCGUGGCAUCACAGCAUCCCAUUCCCAUUCCCCCCGUCCGGUUGCGCCGCACGUGCGAGAGAGGCCUGAGGGAUUGCAGAGGCAGCCCAACCCUACUAGUACCCCGCACGUACCGGCCGGCAGGCAGGCCACGCGGCGCGGACGAGCGAAGCAGCAGCCGCCGCCGCGUGCACGAUCUCCUCGCCGGCGACCACCGUCGUUGCCAGGGUCUCAGCGAGAUGAGGGCGCCUUUAUCGGCCUGUCCGCCGUCGGCUCUCGCUGCCGCGGCGUGGAUGGUUGUACUAAUCGGCGCGCUCGGCUCCCUCUCCGUCGCAUCCGCCUCCGACGACGCAGGAUUCUCGCCGACGCACGCGCCGCCGCUCGCCCCAUCCCCCUCCCCCGCGGCGGCUCCUCCGCACCCGGCGCAUCGCGCCGCCGCCCUUCCCCGCAAGGUUCUCCGCCCGGCAGACACGGACGUGAUGAACGUCGUCGGAGCCCGGCCGUACCGCGUGGCUGAGGGGUGUGCCGGUGCUGAGGACAUCGCCAUCUACCAGGGGCGUGGGACGAGGCUGCCGAGCGGGGUGCCGGCGUACACGGUGGACGUGAUGAACCGGUGCUCGGGCAGCGACGGCGAGUGCGGGAUCGCCGGCAUCCACGUGCGGUGCGGGUGGUUCAGCUCCGUGAGCCUGGUGGACCCGCGCAAGUUCCGGCGGCUCGCGGAAGACGACUGCCUCGUCAACGACGGCCAGCCGCUCCUCGCCGGCGAGACCAUCUCCUUCGAGUACUCCAACUCCUUCCCCUACCAGCUCUCCGUCGCCGACGCCACCUGCGUCGACCCCUCCGCCGCCACCUCCCCGUAGCCGCCACUGAUCACCAUACGGACUUACGGAGUGGUAGUCCAAUACGUAUAACUCAACUCAUUAUACGAGUAGUAAGUAUACUAAGUACGAGUAUCAAUAACAGUGUCAAUUUCAUGCAUCCUUAGUUGCAGUGGAUCGGUAUAAACUGUACGUAAUCUGAUGGUUUGUCCCCGUUGGCUAGCUGCUGGGGAAAUUUUGUUAAACCACUAGUAGCGCUAGAAAAGGACCUCUUCGACUUCCCCUGCAGUACUUGCGUGCAUGCCUCAACUGGUGACAGCUCGCUGGAAUCGGGAAUUGUCGUUGUGGGCAAGAAAGGGAAUUCCCUAGCGUCUUUUUGGCAGGUCAAGUAAAUGCGACAAAUUCCCUUUUC